CACUAUUUAAGAUAAUCCGCAGAUAUGGGAUCAGAACACAAACCACAUUCUGACUGGAGGAAAUUUGCAAUAUACUGGCAACAGAUCAUCUAUCUACCAUAAGAAUGGCAAUUCAGACUAUCACUUGGAUGAGCGCCUUCCUCUGCCUCGUGCAAGUGUUCUCGAUGCCCAUGCCUUGCCAGCUACAAGGACAGCUGGUGCGAACAACCCACAACCUACUGAGAGACAUGGGGGGUCAUUUUCCUCUGGAGUGCCUGCAGGAGAAUGUCUUCAUGGCAUUCCCAGCCACCUCAUUUGCAACCUCCGGGGCGCCACAGUUGAGCAGCAGUGCUGCUAAGGCUAUUUAUGAGACAUUGAAGAACAUCGACACAUUGUUCGGAACUGACGAACUGCCGACAAUGUGGGACCAACAGAAGUUGGAGUAUUUUCAGAACAUUAUCUACCGUCAGAUUGAAGAGAGCGAGUGUAUGAGCAGUGUGGAUACAAGUGAUUAUCCCAUCAGGGCAGAGGGCCUGAAAACAUACUUUGGGAACAUUGCAGCAGUUUUAAAAGAAAAGAAUUUCAGUUACUGCGCCUGGGAAGUGGUUCGAAAAGAGCUCCUGUACACCCUAGAAUUCAUUCUGAAACACACCUCUGACAGCCUUCUGUGGUCCAACAGAAAUCAUCUAUCUACCAUAAGAAUGGCAAUUCAGACUAUCACUUGGAUGAGCGCCUUCCUCUGCCUCGUGCAAGUGUUCUCGAUGCCCAUGCCUUGCCAGCUACAAGGACAGCUGGUGCGAACAACCCACAACCUACUGAGAGACAUGGGGGGUCAUUUUCCUCUGGAGUGCCUGCAGGAGAAUGUCUUCAUGGCAUUCCCAGCCACCUCAUUUGCAACCUCCGGGGCGCCACAGUUGAGCAGCAGUGCUGCUAAGGCUAUUUAUGAGACAUUGAAGAACAUCGACACAUUGUUCGGAACUGACGAACUGCCGACAAUGUGGGACCAACAGAAGUUGGAGUAUUUUCAGAACAUUAUCUACCGUCAGAUUGAAGAGAGCGAGUGUAUGAGCAGUGUGGAUACAAGUGAUUAUCCCAUCAGGGCAGAGGGCCUGAAAACAUACUUUGGGAACAUUGCAGCAGUUUUAAAAGAAAAGAAUUUCAGUUACUGCGCCUGGGAAGUGGUUCGAAAAGAGCUCCUGUACACCCUAGAAUUCAUUCUGAAACACACCUCUGACAGCCUUCUGUGGUCCAACAGAACAUGAAUUUGAAUUUGCAGAUCUUUUUUUACUCAUUUGUUUUACAAUUGUGCUUGAUUUUUAAAGCCUUCUAUUCUACAAUCAUGCAAUGUGCAAUGUCAAACAGCAAUAUUAUAAAUUUAUUUAUUUAUUUAUCAAGGUUAUUUAUUGAUGUAGGCCUACUUAUAUAUUUAUUUAUUUAUUUAUCAAGGUUAUUUAUUGAUGUAGGCCUAUUUAUGAAUAUAUUUAUCUAUUUGAAAAUCGUGCCUUUUGUUGCUCUUCAUCAAAUGUUAAAGUUACUAAAAUAAAAAAUACUUUAAAAUA